AUGGCGUUAAUCAAGUUCAGUAACGAGGGGCAGGCUAGUCUAACUACAAGACGUAGUUUAAUAUCGAGCUUUACGUCACCAUGCGACAUUAGUGAUCAAUCUUGCGUUAAUAAAUUAGCAAAUAUUCUUCUUCCUCAUGUAUUUACUGGAAUACCGAAUCUCGAUGUCACUAGCACUGACCCUUUAUUCAUCGAAGAAAUUGUUGGAGACAUAUCUAUAUUGAAAUAUAAAUUUUUUAAUAGUACCUUCAUUGGUUUUAACAACUGCGAGGUGUCAAAUUUGCAAUUAGACAAGGAAUUCACAAAGGUAAUCUAUGAUCUUAUCUGUCCGCAUUUUACUAUGGAUGGCAAAUACGAAAUAAAAGGUCGUCUUAUAUUGUUACCAAUAGAAGGGAAAGGAGAUUCCCAUAUGAAUACAGAAAAAUAUAAAGUAAACGUUGACUCAGACUUGAAGACAUUCAUGGGAAAAGAUGGAAAAAUUCAUGCGCAAAUAAAAAACUUCAAAUUGAAAUGUGAAGCGCUGGAACCGUUAUAUUUUGAUUUUAAAAACUUGUUUAAUGGACAAAAGGACUUAUCGGAUGCCGUUCACAAGUUUGCUCACGAAAACUGGCGAGAAGUUACUGAACUAGUGCAAGAUCCGGUUUUCUACGCUAUAAUGAGAAAAAAUAUCGCCAAUACAAACAAGUAUCUUAAGCACGUACCACUUGAGGAGAUUUUUAGUAUUUAA